AUGUCGAGCACUGGGCAGAGAAUCAUCUCUUCGGAAUACCCGCUUGCUCCGCUUGAGGGCCCCAACGCGUCCCUGGAUUGGACCGAUCAGGCUACAGAGGGUCCUGAGCCCAACACAAUCAAGUCUAUCGAUGAGCAGGGUGAACAAUACUACGACGCCUUUGAAUACUGCGACGAGCCGAUGACACAUGGCUCCGUCGCACCCCAAGACUUCAUCCUGCGCCCCUACACCCAGCAGGAGCCAACAGUCAAGACCAUCAUAAUAAUAUGCCAAGACCACUGCAAGGUCCGCAACGGCGCCGGCUUCGGCUGCGGUCGGCCCUGCGCCGAGCGGUUCUGCCCCAACGCGGCCUUUGCCACCAACAGCGGCGUGUGCUUCGACCACGCCAUGGCGUUUGCAAUGUACGACGCCCGGCAGAGAUAUAGCGCUUCCCGCGAGGCGGUGGCCUUGGAGCGGGCCAGGGACGAGCGUGAGGCGGCGGCGGCGGCGCUUUCCGCGCUAAACACCGGCCUCGUCGACAGGCCCAUGCCCGACCCCGAAAAGUACAUGAAGUGGUACAACGAGGAGCUGGACAAGUACUACUGCAUCAAGGCUACAGAGAGGCUGCUGCAGGCCGCGCGAGCCACCAUGCCGGGUCAGCCCGAGGACCCUCUUCGGUUGAGCAUCCAGGUGACUGCGCAGACCUUUUUGGAGACCUUUACGGCUCCUAGGCAGCCGGUGGAGUCGGGUUCCGAGUCGGAGGAGUGA